AUCUCAUCACAUUUCUAACCUUUUUCUCAUCCUCUCUUUUCCUCUCUCUCAAAAAUAAAAUUAAAAAUAAAUACUAAUAAUAAUUAAAAAAAAAACAGCCGCCGCCGGCGCCGCCACCUGAUCGGAUCAUUUUGUAAACUGUUUUUUUUCCCCUUAUAUGGAAUGACGGAUUAUAACCACCGAAUGAAUCUGUGGAACGCAGAUGACAACAAUUCUGUGAUGGAAGCAUUCAUCAGCAGCUCCGAUAUUACGACGUCGUUUUGGGGUAACCCACUUACUCCCGGAACCACGGUACCAUCUUCGGCUUCCACGUCAGCCGUCGUGGGCGAAUCACAGCGGUUCAAUCAAGACACUUUACAACAACGUUUACAAAGCUUAAUUGACAAUUCAACUAAAUCUUGGACUUAUGCUAUUUUCUGGCAAUCUUCUGUCGUCACGGAAUACGCCAACACCCCAUCCGUUUUAGGAUGGGGUGACGGAUAUUACAAAGGUGACGUCAUGAAAACCGUCAGAGGUUCCUGUUCCGUUGAGGAACAGGAACAUAGGAAAAAGGUACUUAGGGACCUGAAUUCUUUGAUUUCGGGCUCCCAAGUAUCUGAUUCCGACGUUGUGGAUGAAGAAGUGACAGAUACUGAAUGGUUUUUUUUAAUAUCCAUGACCCAUUCUUUUGUUAUUGGUAGCGGGUUACCUGGAGAAGCGGUUUUUAAUAACCGACCCGUUUGGAUAGUAGGUCAGGAAAAGUUGUCGGUAUCUCAUUGUGAACGGGCCAGACAGGGCCAAGGUUUUGGGUUACAAACUAUAGUUUGUAUUCCGUGUGUUAAUGGGGUUGUGGAGUUAGGGUCAACGGAAAAGAUUUAUGAGAAUUUAGAGCUGGUUCAUGAGGUGAAAGAUUUGUUUAAUUUUGGUGAAAGCGGUCAGGUUUUGACCGAUGUAGAUACCUCGGAUCGGAAUUGUAAUAAUAAUAAUAAUAAUAAUUCCGAUCCGACGUCGUUGUGGUUGAAUGACCCUGUUGAUGUUGUAAGUCCUGUAGUUGAAAAUUUGAUAUCAAAACAGUUAUCGGUUGAGAACCCGAGUUCUAGUUUGUUGACUGAGAACCCGGGUUCUGUUGUUUAUAAUAAUAAUAGUAGUAGUAGUAAUCAUAAUAGUAAUAGGCAGGGAUUGAAUCGGGGUAUGUUUGGUAAUAAGGAUUUGAAUUUUUCAGACUUUGGAUGUAAGCCUGAGUCAUUAGAAAUAUUGAAUUUUGGUGAGGGGAAAAAGGGUAGUAAUGGGAAGGGGAUGUUUCCGGGUGUGGGAGGGGAAGAUAAUGGGAAGAAGAAGAAGAAAGGGCCGGUGAUACGAGGGGUUGAUGAGGACGGAAUGUUGUCGUUUGGUUCGGGUUUGAUAGUUCCGCCUUCUGAGGGCGUGAAGUCAGGUGGAGUGGUGAAUGGGGCGGAUUUUGAGCAUUCGGAUAUGGAUCCGGUGAUAGGGAGGGAAGUGGAGAGUAGGUUAGUAGUGGAGCCGGAGAAAAAGCCGAGGAAAAGAGGGAGGAAACCGGCUAAUGGACGAGAAGAGCCGUUGAAUCAUGUUGAGGCCGAAAGGCAGAGGAGGGAGAAGUUGAAUCAGAAAUUUUAUGCUCUUAGAGCGGUUGUCCCUAAUGUGUCAAAAAUGGAUAAAGCGUCGUUACUUGGAGACGCGAUUUCUUACAUAAAUGAUUUGAAAUCCAAGCUGCAAAGUGUAGAAACUGAUAGCGAGGAAAUGAAAAUGCAGCUUGAUGCAAUGAAAAAAGAGUUGCUAAACAAAGACUCGCGGCAAUCAUCCUCAUCAACAGUUUCACCACCAGAAGAUCUCAAAAGGCCCAAUUCAAUUACCCCGAAAAUAAAUGAUUUGGAGAUAGAUGUCAAGAUCAUAGGGUGGGAUGCCAUGCUUAGGAUCCAAUGUAGCAACAAAUACCACCCUGCAGCACGUCUAAUGACCGCGUUGAAAGAACUAGAUCUAGAGGUCAAUCACGCUAGCGUCUCGGUAGUUAACGACUUGAUGAUGCAACAAGCAACAGUCAAAAUGGGUAGUCGGUUUUACACUCAAGAUCAGCUUCGAUUAGCUUUGACAAACAGAAUUUCAGACCCUAGGUGAGUUGGUCAUUCAUCUUGGGUAAAUCCAUAGACUACCCAAAAUGAAGCAUGAUUUUGCUGUAACAUAGUAGUAUAGUUUUUACUUGUUGCUUAUAAGUUCUAUUUUUACUGUUGAACAUUCUUAUUUAGUAAAGUAAUUGUUGUUCUAUGGGUUA